ACUGUUCGUUUACUCUAAGCUAGUUAUGCUUUUGAUUGUUGAGGAUGCAGCUCAUGAAUUUGAGUUCUCGUCAGCUGUGUCGAUUUGAGAGAAGUGUUCAUAGCUUGUCUCUUUCUGAUAUCUGGAAAAUGGAAAUUAACAUGGAAGAACAAUAGACAAUCAAGUUCCCAUCUGCAGUGAUUGUCCGGAAAGUUGGCAAUAACCCAUCAUGGCAGAUGUCAGUCCUUUGACUGAUACGUCAACUGAUGCAGAUACUGAAGAAAGAAACUCCAGGUUUCAAAACAACCAAUCCAUGAAUAUUGUUGGUUCUGAUGGCAGUGAUAAGACAAGAGAUCAAAAGACACUAAGGAGGCUUGCUCAGAAUCGCGAGGCAGCACGAAAGAGCCGUUUAAGGAAAAAAGCAUAUGUCCAACAAUUGGAGAACAGCAGAAUGAAGCUAACACAACUUGAACAGGAGCUUCAACGAGCUCGACAACAGGGCAUAUUUAUUUCGAGUUCAGGAGAUCAAUCACAAUCUAUGAGUGGAAAUGGAGCCUUGGCAUUUGACGUAGAGUAUGCUCGGUGGCUGGAGGAUCACAAUCGGCGAGUAAAUGAGCUAAGAGGAGCAGUUAAUUCCCAUGCGGGUGAUGGUGAACUUCGCAGCAUUGUUGAUAGCAUCUUGGCACACUACGAUGACAUUUUCAGGAUAAAAGGAGAAGCUGCAAAAACUGACGUCUUUCAUGUUUUAUCAGGCAUGUGGAAAACACCUGCAGAAAGAUGUUUCCUGUGGUUGGGUGGAUUCCGUACAUCUGAACUCCUCAAGUUGCUUAUAAAUCAGUUGGAGCCAUUAACCGAGCAGCAAUUAUUGGCCAUCAACAACUUGCAACAGUCAUCCCAACAGGCUGAAGAUGCAUUGUCCCAGGGAAUGGAGGCAUUGCAGCAAUCUUUGGCCGAGACUCUUGCUGGAUCUCUUGGCCCUUCUAGUUCCUCGGGAAAUGUUGCGAAUUAUAUGGGUCAAAUGGCCAUGGCGAUGGGAAAGCUAGGAACUCUAGAGGGGUUUAUCCGCCAGGCUGAUAACCUGCGGCAACAGACACUGCAACAAAUGCAUCGCAUAUUGACUACCCGCCAAUCAGCCCGUGCUCUUCUGGCCAUCAAUGACUACUUCUCACGGCUACGAGCACUAAGUUCUCUAUGGCUCGCCCGCCCCAGGGAGUGACGGCCAUCUUCCAUCUAAUGCCACCUAGGAGAUUCUUCACAUUUGUAAAUGAGAAAAACAAAAAAAAAUUCUGCUGGGACACUGCAAUUUUCAUUGGCCUGUAGUUUUGAGGCUGAGCUGCAAUCAUCCUUUCAAGCUGAGAUUUUUUGGCACCAUGCUGUUCAACCUCUUCAUGUUGUUGUGGUACAUAUUUCCAGAAAUUUUAGCCCUGUAUGGAUGUUAAGUUAUACAAUUUCAUGUUUUAGAUA